UCUCUCUCUCUCUCUCUCUCUCAUUUCCUUUCUCUGAGAAUUUCUCCUCUUUCUCUCUCAUCGUCUGUUUUCUCUCUCUUGUUUGAUCCUGUUGUUUCGAUUGCAGGGAAGGAGGGGGGAGAGAACGGAGGCUGUUUGUUCUAGGAGAGAUUCUCUUCUCUUGCCUUCUUUGUUUUUCUGUAUUGGAUGAGAUUGUGGUUUGAAUUUGUUUGGUAAUUUGUGUUUUGGGAGGGAUUUUUUUUUGUUGUUGUUUAUUUUGGGUGGAUUGGGGUUGAAGGGUGAGGAGAUUGGUUCUGGAAUUUGGAUUCGGAUUGUUCAAGGGAUUGAGGAGUGAAAAUUAUGCAUCGAGCUUAAGAGCAUUGGUGCGGGCCGAUCCUCCGUUUCAGAUCCUGUAACCUUGUUUAUGCUUUCUAUGCAUGCGUUAAUUGUGUUUUGGAGCUGAAUAAUUGGUCGAUAAUUUUUCUGGAUGAAUAACAAAAAUCUACAAAUAAAACGGUGCAAGUUUCGAUCGUUGCGUAAGAACUCUCUGAGCGGGGAGGUAUUGAAUUCUAAAAUUUGACGUGUUUGCUUUAGCUCGGGAAUUCUGAUACCGAAAUGGUUAAUCCGGAGCGAGAAAUAGAACGGCGAGCCGCCGGAGAAGUGGAAUCGAGUUUGGAGCGACCGAUGGAUUCCGAUUCAGUUGCCGGAGUCGGAAGCAAACCUGAAAAGCCUGGUAAUCCUGGGAAGAAUUCUCAGGAUAUGGAGCCUGCCAUUGUUAAAGGCAAUGGAACAGAAGCAGGUCAGAUUAUUGUGACAUCAGUCGGCGGCAAGAACGGACAACCGAAACAGACAUUGUCAUACAUGGCCGAGCGAAUCGUAGGCACUGGUUCUUUCGGAGUUGUAUAUCAGGCUAAAUGCAUUGAAACCGGCGAAUCCGUUGCUAUAAAGAAGGUGCUGCAGGACAAGAGAUAUAAGAACAGAGAACUACAGAUAUUGCAAAUGUUGAAUCACAUUAAUGUGGUUCAGAUGAAGCAUUCUUUCUUCUCCACUACAGAGAAGAACGAGCUAUAUCUCAAUCUUGUUCAGGAGUUUGUGUCGGAAAAUGUUUAUCAGGCUUUAAGGCACUACACCAAAGCAAACCAAAACAUGCCUAUUAUAUACGUGCAGUUGUAUACAUACCAGAUGUGCCGAGGACUGAAUUAUGCACACAGGGUGUUUGGUGUAUGUCACCGUGACGUUAAACCACAAAACCUGCUGGUUAAUCGUGACACGCAUCAGCUCAAGCUUUGUGAUUUUGGAAGUGCCAAGAUUUUGGUGCCUGGCGAACCGAACAUAUCAUACAUUUGCUCUCGAUACUACCGGGCUCCUGAACUGAUCUUUGGAGCUACAGAAUACACUACUGCAACGGAUAUUUGGUCAGCUGGUUGUGUAAUGGCUGAGCUCCUUCUCGGACGGCCUCUCUUUCCCGGGGAGAGUAGCGUUGAUCAGCUAGUUGAAAUAAUUAAGGUCUUGGGUACGCCGACAAGGACGGAAAUGAAAUGCAUGAAUCCGAAUUACAGCGAAUUCAAAUUCCCUCAAAUUAAAGCUCAUCCAUGGCACAAGGUAUUUAGAAAGAGGGCAACGCCGCAAUUACUGGACUUAGCGUCGAGGCUUCUUCACUACUCGCCAACUGUACGCAUCACUGCUUUGGAGGCUUGCGCGCAUCCCUUUUUCGAUGACUUGAGAGACCCUAAAGCUUGUUUGCCCAACGGGCGACCCCUACCCCCACUCUUCGACUUUUCACCUGAAGAAAUCGCCGGAGCACCACCUGAGUUGGUACAGCGGCUCGUCCCGGAGCACGCCAGGAAGUAAGCAAUGAAUACAUACAUAUACAUACAUACAUAGUGUAUUAGAGGAUAGAGGAGGAGGAGUUUCUUUCUUCUUCUCUAUUAUAUCUUAUUGUUUUAUGUUAUGUAUAAUGUAUGUAUGUAUGCAUGUAUCUUCUUCUACAAAUGAAAAGCUUUCAAAACAGACAGACAGACACAAGUGUAAGAGCGAGUAGUAAAUAUUAUUACUAUAAUUAUAAUUUG